UUUCUUUCUCGUGAACGACUAUCGGAUGCAGGCCGCCGCCGACGCACCGUCGAAAGAAGACAACAAUGGAGCGUCGCCAGCACGGACGGCACCUCCUGCUCCGCCGCUUCAACUCAAGUCCGACAGACCUGAGGAUUUGGAUGACGACUUGCCUGACAUGCCGCAGAUCUUCUCGACCCGCGCGCCUCGUGAUGCCGCCGCCGGGUUCUCGUCGGGUCUAAAGAACAUGGGAAAGGGCUUGGCGGCUGGGGUGGGGUCGUUUGUGGCGAUGCCAAUCAUUGGUGCGAAGGAGCAAGGGAUUUUCGGAUUUGCAAAGGGUCUUGCUCUAGGCACAGCCUCUGCAGUUGUGAUGGUCGGUGGUGGGGCGGUCACAGGUGUGACGCAAAUUGCGCGCGGCAUUGCGGCGACCCCUCGUGCUAUCAUCAGCAGCAACGAAAACAAGGUGUGGAAUGGCGAGACUAAUCAGUGGUACGUGUACAACCUCCAGGAAGAGGCGGCGGAAGUGGCCGCCGCGGAUGCCGCCGCACCCGUCUUGGAAGACAAAGUCGUCAAGGAGACGGAGCUGUACGACGUACUGGGCGUGCCCACCAACGCCACGGACGUGGAGAUCAAGAAGGCGUACCGUCGCCUGGCCAUCAAGUUGCAUCCCGACAAGAACCUGAACGACCCCGCCGCGUCCGCCAACUUCCAAAAAGUCGGCGCCGCGUACCAGAUUCUGUCGGACCCGGCGUCCCGCACCAAGUACGACGAGCACGGCAGCGACGGCGUGGACCAGCAGCUGUUUAUGGACAACAGCCAGAUCUACGAUAUGAUCUUUGGGUCGCAGGCGUUCGAAGCGUUCGUGGGGGAGCUGAAUCUCAUGACUUUGCAGCAAGAACUGAGCAAAAUGAACCCCACGGAAGGGCCGAGCGACCCGUCGGACCUGUUUGGCGACUCAAAUAAACUCAAGCAGAAGCGCCGCGAAGUGCGCUGCGCCGUCCAUCUCGCGACCCUCCUCGACGACUUGUACGCGACGGAUGUGUCUGACAUGCACAUCAACUUCCGCACGUCUGUCACGGCCACGGCGGCGGAGCUGGCGGCGACCGCGUUCGGCGGGACCCUGAUCGGCGUCGUGGGGUACGUGUACGAGGAGCAAGCGCACAAGCACCUGGGGUUCCGCAAGAGCGUGGCGGCGGGCCUGGGGUUCCAGAACGUGACCAAGAGCGCACACGUGCUGUCAACCAAGUACAAGUUCCUGUCGUCGGCCGUGUCGGCGUACUCCAAGUACAGCAAAGCCGCCAAGAAAGUGGAGGAGUUUGAGAAGAAGAAGCAAAAAAACGCGGCCGACGCGACGCCCCAAGAUGCCGGCAACGAAGACGAACUGGCGCGGCAGCUGCAGCACGAGACCCUCGGGGGUAUCUUGGAGACAGCGUGGAACUUUACUGUCAUGGACGUCGAAGCGACUCUUCGCAGCGUGUGCUUUAAGCUGUUCAAGGACGCGUCCGUGUCGGCGGCGCAGCGCAUGAAGCGCGCGGAAGGCUUGGCGAUCAUCGGGGAGAUCUUCCUCGCAAGCAGCCAGACGUCGGAAGCUGGGCUCAAGGAAGUGAUGGAGAAGUUCAACAUGGCCGACCAACACCCUGCCGACGACAGUGUCCCUGCUGGGACGCCUUCCCGUAGCCAAUAACUUAACUAUUGAUUCUAUCGCUGCACGAUUUGUACA